AUGAAGGUAAAUGUGCAAAGAGGUGAAGAGAUGGAGAAGAUGGAAGAAGAGGAAGGAGGAGGAGGUUUGGAGGAAAAGGAGCAGAGCCGGCCCUGCGCCCCGGAUUCAAAGGAAGAGCCGUCUCUGCUGUGCACAGAGCAGGAAGGAGAAGAGUCGUCCGACUACAACACAGUGAUUGUAACCGGACAGAGGGAUCACCUGGAGUCAUCAGACCCUGGAGAAUUCAUCCUCCACGCCCCACAGAGGUUAGCAGCUGAUGGCGGACACUGUCAGCGGAGCCUCCUGGCGGUAUAUGGGACGCUGCCUGAUGCCUCCUCGGGUGGAUGUUAUGGUAACUACAGUAGAGCGGCUCCUCAGGAGCCUCGGUUCUUUACUACAAGAGAACAGUACCAGCCAGUCAACCUGAAAAUGGCAGGUGCCUUCCCGACAAUGGCUCCCAUGCCACGGCGCUCUACUCGGUGUGCAGCCUCCUGUAAACUGCCAGCAUUUGUAUGUGACACAGGACUGGAAGGAGAGCGACCGAAGACCGAAUGUCUUGGAGAAAGUUUUGAUGAGAUAGCAGAACCGAGCAAGAAGAAAAGUCGUACCCUAUACAAUAUCGAUCAGGUGCAGGAGCUGGAGCGAAUAUUUAUGGAGGACCAUUACCCGGACACUGAGAAGAGAAGAGAAAUUGCUGACAUUAUUGGGGUCACUCCACAGAGAAUAAUGGUUUGGUUUCAGAACCGACGAGCCAAAUGGCGCAAAAACGAAAAACCCUCAGUUAAAGGUGGCAAGAAGACAUUCUCCGGCUCUGUGGGGAUGUCUCACCCGCAGAGUGCCACACUCUCUUCAUCUGCACUUUCCCGGCCAGAAGCUGUUUCACUUGCAGUCACUUCUGGUCAUCACCCCUAUGGUCCACUAUCAGGCAUCAGAAAUGGGUUGUCUCUGGCGCCCAGCGCACUUCUUCAGCGGUCUCAGUCGGCGGCGAUCGCCUCUCAGCACAGUUCUUCUUGCACUUCAAACAGGUCCGGUCUGGGGUCACCAGGGGGCAUCUGCUUACCGCCCUCCCAGGAGUAUCCGCCCACAUUCCACAGCCCACCCCCGCUGAGGCGCAUUGGCCUACCCAUGUCUAUGACCUUUAACCCCAGCAGUCACAUGGUUCCUCUGAUGCUGGACACCCCAGAAAGCACCUGCACACCACCCCCAUCUUCCGAGGGCGACAUGUUCUCCUAUAAUAUUCAGGAGUAUGUACAUAACGUUAUACUAUUAUUAGAGACCAUGUCGGCAUCUAUGAGAUAUGCUCCUCAGUACUUUCACCAAAUUAACCCACGAGGACCUUUCCAGAUGCCCCAGUACUCCCAGUACCAGCGUCUUCCAGUGCACAGCCUCACGCCAACCUCUCCUGAUGACGCGGCUUUCCUCGCCGUAUCUACCAACAACACUGGCAUGCUGGCGUACGGAAACCCAGGAGGCUACCUGCAGGGGCGUCCGGCCGGCCAUAUUAUGUUCCAGUCAGGCACAGGUGGACUUGCCUUUCACCCCUCUCCAUGGAAUGAUAUGUACAUACAAGGUGCUCCAUAUACCUGCUCUCGACCCCAGACGGGAAGUGUCCGUGGCAUACCUGAGCAGCACCAGUACCCCCAGUAUAAAUCGUGUGUUCUGCAAUACCCUCAGAAGCCCACACCAGCAAACCAGGAGGAAAUCGAGACAGUUCAAGAUGCUGAAAAUGAGACGCAUGGUAUUUACAAUAUUUACUCCUAUGGUUCUCUGGAGAAAGUGAAUGUGGGCUGUGCAAGACUGUCAUCUAAAUCCCCCCAGAUGCUCUUGACAAAGACUCCUCAUCCACCCUAUGAUGUCCGCGACUGGAUCUUGGAUAUUGGGUUGUUUUGGCGCACAGCGAUGUGA